AAAAAAAUUCACAGCCAAAAUCCAUAUGAGUGUGUAUCCACUUUCUAUCGGCCAAACAACUUCCACCCACGGAAUUUCGUGAACUUCACCUCAACCCGGCUGUUCAACGACUUUCCUCCUCAAACCUGUCAAUUUCAUACUUCGAUUCUUCGUAGUCAUCAAUCACAUUUCAAUCAGUCAAGAUGGCCGUUCCGGGUACUCAAAUCUCCAAGCGCAGAAAGUUCGUUGCUGACGGUGUUUUCUACGCCGAGCUCAACGAAUUCUUCCAGCGCGAGCUUGCCGAGGAGGGCUACUCUGGUGUCGAAGUCCGCGUUACCCCCACUGUUACCGACAUCAUCAUCCGCGCCACCCACACCCAGGAGGUUCUCGGAGAGCAAGGCCGCCGCAUCCGCGAGCUUACCUCCCUCAUCCAGAAGCGCUUCAAGUUCCCUGAGGGUUCCGUAUCGCUAUACGCUGCCAAGGUCCAGAACCGUGGUCUGUCCGCCGUCGCCCAGUGCGAGUCCCUGCGCUACAAGCUUCUGAACGGUCUUGCUGUCCGUCGUGCCUGCUAUGGUGUUCUCCGCUUCAUCAUGGAGAGCGGCGCCAAGGGUUGCGAGGUUGUCGUCUCCGGUAAGCUGCGCGCUGCCCGUGCCAAGUCCAUGAAGUUCACCGACGGCUUCAUGAUCCACUCCGGUCAACCCGCCCGCGACUUCAUCGACAGCGCCACUCGUCACGUUCUCCUACGACAGGGUGUUCUUGGUAUCAAGGUCAAGAUCAUGCGCGGCUCCGACCCCGAGGGCAAGGCUGGUCCUUCCAAGUCUCUCCCUGAUGCCGUUACUAUCAUCGAGCCCAAGGAAGAGUCGAGCAUCGUCACCCCCAUGAGCCAGGAUUAUGGUGCCAAGGCCGCACAAAUCCAGGCUCAGGCAGAGGCUGCCCGCGCCGCUGAGGAGGGUGCCGAGGAGGCCCCUCCUGCUGAGGAAUAAGUGGAUUGAGCAGUCGGUGCUGGACUCCUCAAUUCGAAGGAAAGGCGAGUGGGUUGGGAAUGCGGAAAGGGACGAAAAGGGACGUAUGUAACGAACGAGAAAGGUGGUCUUGUUCCUUUUUCUAAGGGCAGAAACUGUUUCUUCGGGGCGUUCUUUGAGAUGAAUCAUCGAUUCAUCAAGUCACAUGUGCAUUUGCAAGGAAAGAGGAAACUUUACAAACCGGACAUGAAUGAUGCUAGGACACGGCUCUCUACACUUGUUAAUGAAUAGCCGUAGAGCUACAAUAUGGCAACUGUCACAUAUACCGAUAUGCGAGGGCUGUAAUCUUUAGUGAAUAUGUUGCGAGUAGAAUUUGCUACGUACUGAGUGUCCUAUAUUCAUGGAUGCCUCCUGGUAUGUUAGGUGACUGGUACCCAGUGCCUACAUGUAAGUCAGUAUGCGUCAGUUUACAUGACAGUGAUGGAUCCAUCUGGAUGCUAUGUUUCGUCUCCCCGGGCAGAUCGUAGAGGUUUGUGCCCAUAUAAACGAAGUUAAUGCUACAGGCCCAAUAAAACAAAUAGAAUGUACUAUGUGCCAACCCUCGUCUAGACCCAGUCCAGUCCCCGUGGUUGUCUUGUGACAUGAUAUCAACA